AGUGUCCCGCAGCGCCGCCACCGGCUGGGCGAGUGUACUGCAGGCCGCUACAGCAUGCGUGCCAGCUGCUAGUCGCCGUUAGCUGGUUGGAAUAGCGAGUUAAUGCAGGCCCAGCUCUUAAGAUUAACGUAUUCUACCAUUCAGCGGAUGUACUCCUAACUUCAUUUGUGAGCUUCCGGGGGCGCUGCGAGAGAGUCCAGCCGUCAUAAACCUCAUCUUUGUGUGGAAGCUAAUCAGGCUAAGCUAGCUAUCCCGCCGCAUUGAACAAUGGCUGCUGUGCUCAUCCCUGCCUGCACCAGCGCUCUUCUGCUGGACAUCGAAGGCACAACCACGCCGAUCACCUUCGUCAAGGACAUUCUGUUUCCAUACAUAAAGGAGCAUCUUGAGGACUACCUGUCCACUCAUUGGGAGGAGGACGAGUGCAAGCAAGAUGUUCAUCUUCUGAAAAAGCAGAUCGAGGAGGACAUGAGACAGAACCGGGCGUGUCCCUUCCACGCCGUGGACCAGACGGUCCACACGGACGAGGAGAAGGCCAUCCGCGAAGUGGUGGACAACGUGCUGUGGCAGAUGGCGGCCGACAGGAAGUCCACGGCGCUCAAACAGUUCCAGGGUCACAUGUGGCGGUCGGCGUACGCCUCGGGGAGAAUCAAAGGCGAGAUCUACCAGGACGUCACGCCCUCCAUCAGAAGGUGGCGAGAUCACGGACUCAAGAUCUUUAUCUACUCCUCGGGCAGCGUGGAGGCCCAAAAACUUCUCUUUGCGCACUCAGUAGAGGGCGACGUCUUAGAUUUAUUCGAUGGCCACUUCGACACCACCAUCGGCGCCAAAGUGGACGCCAAGAGCUACGCGAAAAUGGCGGAGAGGAUGGGCUGUCCAGCGGAGGAGAUCACUUUCCUGACAGACGUCACUCGAGAGGCCAAAGCGGCGCAGGACGCAGGCGUCCACGUGGUUCUGGUGGUGAGGCCGGGGAACACGGAGCUGACGGACGAAGAGCGGGCACACUAUGACAUCAUCGGCUCCUUCGAGCAGCUGCAGGUGGCGGGACGAGUUUAGCAUCAAAAAGACGGAUCGGCGCUUUCGAUUCUUUUCCCCGUCCCGACUGUUUGACGCCUCCCGGGGGGUCCGGGUGCUGCGGGACCCUCAUAGCCGCCCAGGAACUGAAGGUUCUGCCUUUUCUUUUUCUACCCAGCAAACGUGUUGUUGUGUUCGUGUCUUAUUUAAAUGUGCCAUCCGGUCUAGUGAGAUGCAACUUUGUUUACUUCGGGGUAGCGCUCAUAUUCCCGGGGUUCUCCCCGACGAUCCAGUCACGUCAAGUCAAACGGUCCCUCUUGUUGCAUGUGACAGAACUGGCGCCGGCCUAAGCACUUGGCGGGCAAACAAGCGUAUCGGUCGCAAACUUCUUGGAGGUCAUGUUGUCAUUUUCCAAGCAUGCUUGAUAAAACAACAAAAACUCCACAGCAAGGAUCCACUUUUCAAAAUAUGUUAGCUCAAUGCUAAUUUAAAUGGGAUACGCCAUAUACAUGCUACUGUUUAGCAUUAGUGAUUUUACAUGGUGUGGUAGACGAUGGAUUUCCACACCUCCAAAUGUGUUCACCGAAACUACAACUAAGAUGCAAUCAAACAGCUGGUGUGUGAUAUGUACAUUAUUUACAGUGUCAACACUCUGCGGGGCGCAACCAAGACGAGACUCAGGUUCGUGGCAAAGACUACUCCCUGACGCACCUAGGACUAAUUAAAAUGAGUGCAUACUUGCAAAUGCUACUCAGAAGUGUAAACAAACGAAAAGUACAAUUAAGAUGCAAUCAAACAGCUGGUGUGUAAUAUGUACAUUAUUUACAGUGUCAACACUUUGUGGGGCGCAACAAAAGACGUGACUCAAGUUCAUGGCAAAGACUACUUCCUGACACACUGAGUUAACUGGUGAUUAAUUAUAGCAUUAAUGGUGUAUAAACAUGCUCCUUUACCUUAACCGUGUAUGCUUAAAAUAUAUAUUUUUUUUUCUUCCAAAAAAUGAAAAUAAAAUAAUAAACAUUU